CGACGAUGGAUUCGAGGAUGCAGGAAGAUGGCUAUCCUGGCUAUGGCCAGGAGCAGCAUCCACAGCAGUCGUCGCAGUCGCAGCAACACCAGCAGCAGAACCACCAUCACCACUACCACAAUCAUCCACCGCCACCGCCCCCGGCUGCGUCGGCUGAGCACGCCAACUUCUUUGAUGCUCCCUCGCAUGCACACGACGAAUCCACCAUCGGUGUCGAGUUUGACGAGCACAGCUUCCAGGACCCCAGCUUCCGCGACGACACGGAUCAAGCAUCCGCCGAUGCCGUCUCUCAGGCUGCCAGGGCGGCGGCCACGGCGCUGGCGGCCGCCGAGAGCGACCGGAACAGGCAACACCAGCACGCGUCUCACCACCAUCCAUACCAGAUGCAGCAGCAGCAGCAACACGACGAAAUCGGCAAUGGAUCCACAGAGGGAGGCAUCGGGCCCAUGAGGAAUGCCUCGCCUGCCUCUGCCUCUCUCAAUGCCAGCACGCCCUUUUCAAAGCACCUGGGCAGGAACCGCGCGUGCCAGAGCUGCCGCGAGCGCAAGCUCAAGUGCGAUGGUGCCCGUCCAAUCUGCGGACAAUGUGCGAGAGCGUGGUCGUCCAAGAGAAAGACGCUCGUGACCAAGGGCAAGGUGAGGGACGAGGACCUGGCCAACUUCGAGCAGCCGUGCCAGUACCUCGACGUGCCGUCCAAGCAGGAUCGCAUAAGCAGUGCAGCAGCAGCAGCAGCAGCAUCAGGCCCGAGCCCGGGCCGUGUGGCAAAGAACAAAAGCAAGGCGAAAGACCGCGGUGGGCCAUCGCCACAGCUGGCAGAGAGCAGCCUGUCGCCAUUGGAGGAGGCCAACAAGGAAAAGAAGCGCAUGGAACGGGAGAUUGCGGAAUUGCGUGCUCGCCUCGCAUCAAGCUCCAAGCAGCUCAACAUGCAGGGACCUCUGCCGCCCAACUUCCAGCCCAAUUCGGACGAGCUGUCCAUUGCCGAGAUGCUCGCUACAACGAUGCGUUCCGGGGAUGCUUCGUCGUCGCAGGCGCCCACUACGCCUUCGAGGCAGGCUCAGACGUUUGACUCAUUCGUCGGCAGCCUCACGGGCACGCAUGGAGCAUCAGUCGCCAAGCACCUUGCCGGCGAGGGCCACACCAUCUACCCACACCCGCUACCCUUUGCGAGUAAAAAGACGAGCAGCGGGAACGAGGACGAGCCAAUCGACCCGCUGCUGCUUGGUGAGACCAAGGCACGCGUCAACACCUCUUCAAUGGACGAUGCAACGGCAGCCGUGGCCGCGGCAGCAGCAGCGGCGGCGGCCGCUGCUGCCGCUGCCGACUCUUCGAACCAGCAGGGCGUCGAGGCGGCCGCCGAUCCGCUUCUGGAGCUCGUCUUCUCUGGCUGGCCCUCGGACUUCCCGCCUCCUGCCAUGGUCGAUACGCUGGUCAAUACCUUCUUUGACAACUUUUCCUGGCUUGGUCUAUUCCAGCCUGCACGGUUCUUCACCGCCCUGUCACAUGGCCCGACAUCGCCUCAAUACCCAGCCCCGGCCGUACUCCAUGUCAUGUUCUCGAUGUCCUACCAUCUUCGCCCCGACCUGGACCCUGUGCGAGCACCGGCGUGGCAGAUGUCGCAGCACCAGACCCAGCAGGCUGCCCUCUUGGCCCAGGUGCAGCGUCGCCACGACGAGGCCCAUUCGCGGCCGCACGAUGAUCCAGCCCUGCAGAAGGGCACCUAUGCCGGCCUGCAGCUGGCCAUGGACUCGCGCCUGGAUCGUGAAAGAGCACGCACGGGCUCGGCUGGCUUCCACAGCGAUCGAGCCCAGUUCCACAUCACGCAAGGCUCGUGGGAAGGUGGCAACAUCUUUGACGUGUUCAGAGCGACGCUGCUCCUCUGCAACAAAAAGUACCUCUGUGGCGAGCUCUUUGACGCCUGGAUGGCCUCGGCGAGCGCCACACGCAUGUCCAUCGUCCUAGGUCUCAAUCGAUCGCGGGACGUGAUCAAGGACAGGGCGACGAUUGAUACCGUUCGUCUCUCUCUGCUCGGCCCGCCGAAUGACUGGAUUGAAGAGGAGGAAAGGAGGCGGUUGAUGUAUUUUGCCUUGGUGACCGACAAGACGGCCGCUGCAUCGACGUUGUGGGCAAGCAGCUUGGACGAAAGUGAUGUGGCUGUCGAGCUGCCCAUGGCUACUACAGUCGACUUCAACAAUGGCAAUGAGACUGGAACGCAGUCAGGACAUAGACAACGGCUUUCGUCAAAUGAUCUCUUCACUUCCAAUCACAUCGAUCCCGCCAACUGCUUCCUCAAGGCGCUGAUCCUUCUGGGGAGAUGCGGAACGUACAUUUCUAAGCUGCCAUCUGCAACGACAGUCGAACAGGCUCUUACCCCAGCAUUCCACCGCCUUAACAAUCAGAUUUCAGCCUUUGUCAUGUCGGUGCCGCCAGACUGGAUGAACUCCAUCUACGGUCCCCAGCACAAGAUCGAGGUCGAGAGGGUGAUGCUGCAGAUUGCUCCUCACGCCUGCACGCUGCUUCUCCACGACCCUCUCCUCCGCCUUCACGACGAGAGCGCGGCCUACUGCGAGACGGCGUGCAAUGGCAUCCUGCGCGUGUUGCGCAUGCUCAUCACCUCGGGUGCCAACCUGUGCAGCUUCCCGGCCGCCUUGUGCUUCAUCAUGACUCUCACCGGGAAGACGCUCGCUCGUCGUCUGGAGCUGAUCCGACGCGACUUUGCCACUUAUCCCGAAGGCGGCGGCAUUAGCUCGGUGCCGUCGUCAACGACGCCCUCUUCCAACACAACAUCGCCCGCCCGCCCUGUCGUGGUCGGCCUCGCCCCUGGCGAGUCGUUUCCGACCGCCGGUCUGGGUAACUUUGCUUCGAGCGAGAAGGAGCAGGACCUUCGCGGCGACAUCGAUCUCAUCUUCAACACGCUUUGCCUCUACGGCCAGACGUGGCCCAUUGGUGUGCGGCAAGCGCAGGGCCUCGCAAGACAGCUGGGAAUCGCAGUCGUCUCACCCGAGCUCCUAAAAAAUGGCAUCUUUACCGACAAGGGACCUCCCCAGUCCUAAAUGGUUCACUGACCGACGAAUAUUUCCUUACCCUCCCACUGUGUAUUGGUGUACCACCUACUCCUGUUCAAGAUCCGCUUUCCCUCCAUAUUGUAAUAGGUUAUGUGUUUUCCCAU